CCGGAAGUGAUUGUCCUGAUGUGUUGAAGCUAGCUUCCACAAGUGGAAUGCCGCUUGCUGAAUUGUAUAUUCCGUAUGUGUAACCAUUCCCAGUUUUUGAUAUCACCUCUGCUGUCACCGUCUGCCCUGUUAUAGACACGUGAUCAAUGACGGCUCUGUUGAGCCAUGGCUGCUGUGUCAUGGAAGGAGAUUUUACUUUUGACUGGACUGGUGGUGGGAUGUUACUGGAACAGUCUGUCAUGUGGAUUUGUGUUUGAUGAUGUCUCCGCCAUCCUUGACAACAAGGACCUACGGCCCUCAACCCCUCUCCGCAACCUAUUCCUCAAUGACUUCUGGGGAACACCCAUGGCUGAGGAGCGGAGCCAUAAAUCUUACCGACCCUUGACAGUACUCACCUUCCGACUGAACUACCUCUUCAGUGAGCUGAGCGCAUCUUCCUACCACCUGCUCAAUGUUGUUUUACAUGCUGUAGUAUGUGUGCUUUUCCUGCGAGUGUGCCGAUUGUUCCUGGACAAGACUUCCAGCUUGGUGGCAGCGUUGCUGUUUGCUGUGCAUCCCAUCCACACUGAAGCCGUCACUGGUGUGGUUGGCAGAGCUGAACUUCUCUCUUCAAUCUUCCUCCUGGCUGCUUUCCUGGCCUACACUAAAUCCACAGGUGCAGACCACUCCAUUGUUUGGGCUCCCAUUGCUCUGACAGUUGUUCUAGUGGCUGCAGCAACCCUGUGUAAGGAGCAGGGAAUCACUGUCGUCGGCAUCUGCUGUGUCCAUGAAGUGUUUGUUGCGCAAGGGUUUACCUUGCCUAUGCUGUUGGACACACUGCGGCAAGUCCUUCAGGGUAAAGACGGUUUCCCCUACGCUGUCCUACAAACUCUGCUGAAGCUCAUCGUCCUCGUCAUCAGCACCCUGUUGCUCGUCAUCAUCAGGGUCCAAGUCAUCCAGUCUCAGCUUCCUGUCUUCACCAGAUUUGAUAACCCAGCGGCAGUCAGCCCCACUCCCACUAGACAACUGACUUUCAACUACCUUCUUCCUGUGAAUGCAUGGCUUCUGCUGAAUCCCUCUGAGCUCUGCUGCGAUUGGACUAUGGGCACCAUCCCUCUGGUGGAGUCACUCCUAGACCUUCGUAACCUGGCCACGCUGGUGUUCUACACCACCCUGGGCCUGCUAGCUUACCACAGCCUGCGCUAUAGACACAGCUCUGCCAGGACUGUCAUCAUGGCCCUGUCUUUGAUUGUCCUGCCUUUUAUUCCUGCAUCCAACCUCUUCUUCCCUGUGGGUUUUGUUGUGGCAGAGAGAGUACUUUAUGUGCCCAGUAUGGGCUUCUGUGUUCUUGUUGCACAUGGAUUCAAGAUUGUCUCACAAAAAGGACACUUGAAGAAGAUUUCCUGGUUGAUAAUUGGAGUGCUGUUAACUACACAUGCAGUGAAAACGUUCAAAAGAAAUUGGGACUGGGAGUCAGAAUAUACUCUAUUCACCUCUGCCCUCAAGGUGAACAAGAACAAUGCCAAGUUGUGGAACAAUGUUGGCCACGCUCUAGAGAAUCAGAACAAUUACGCAAAGGCACUGCAGUAUUUUCUCCAGGCCACUCGUGUCCAGCCAGAUGACAUCGGCGCUCACAUGAAUGUUGGAAGAACCUACAAGAACUUGAACAAGUCCAAAGAGGCAGAAGAUGCCUACUUGGUUGCCAAAUCCCUCAUGCCACAGGUUAUUCCUGGGAAGAAGUAUGCAACACGUGUGGCCCCUAACCAUCUGAACGUUUACAUAAACCUGGCCAAUCUGAUCCGGGCCAACGAAUCAAGGCUGGAGGAGGCCGAUCAGCUCUAUCGACAAGCAAUCAGCAUGAGACCAGACUUCAAACAGGCCUAUAUCAGCAGAGGGGAGUUGUUGCUGAAGAUGAACAAGCUCACAGAAGCCCGGGACGCCUACCUCCGAGCCCUGGAUCUGGACCGCACCAAUGCUGACUUGUGGUACAACCUGGCCAUCGUCAACAUUGAGAUGAAGGACCCAUCAGAAGCCCUGAAAAACUUCAACCACGCCCUCGAGCUCAACCCACGCCACAAGCUGGCACUCUUCAACUCAGCACUUCUCAUGCAGGAGUCUGGUGAGCCAAAGUUCUGGCCGGAGGCCAACCGUCGUUUCCUGACCUACGUGGAGGAGGAGCCUGAAGAUGCCAACGGCUACUUCAACCUUGGCAUGCUGGCCAUGGACGCCAAUGAAAAUCCUGCAGCUGAGCGCUGGAUGCGUAAAGCUAUUGGUUUGCAGGCCGGCUUCCGCAGCGCCCUCUUUAACCUGGCAUUGCUUUACUCUCAGUCCAAACGAGAGAUAGAUGCGCUGCCUGUGUUGGACGAGCUGCUGCGCCACCACCCAGAGCACAUCAAGGGCCUAAUCCUGAAGGGUGACAUCCUCAUGAACCACAAGAAGGACACACGUGGUGCUAAGGCCUGUUUUGAGCGCAUUUUGCACAUGGACCCCACCAAUGUGCAAGGCAAGCACAACUUGUGCGUGGUCUACUUUGAGGAGCGCGACCUUCCGAGGGCCGAGCGCUGUCUGGAGGAAACACUGGCCCUGGCACCAAACGAGGAGUAUGUACGCCGUCACUUGAGCAUUGUACGCGGUAAAAUGGCUGCCAUGAGCGCAGCAGGGCAACCGCUUACUUCAGCAGAGGGAGCCACCAUGUCGGCUAAGGAGGAAAAGCCGAAGAGAGUUAAGGAGGGGGCAGAGGAGAUUGCUGAGGGUGAGGAGGAAGGGAGGGGUGCUGAUGCUGUUGGAAAGGGGGCUGGGGAUGAGAAGAAUGUGCGGAAAUCCUCUGCAGAAAGCCUCGGGGGUAAGGGCGUGGACCAAUCAGAGUCUUUGGACAGCAGCCAGUCUGACAAGCAGACUAAGGGUAAGUCCACUAAAGAGAUUAAAGAUAUAGAGGAAAAAAGGGCAGCUGCCUUGAAGAGACUAGAGGAGAUUGAGCGCAUAUUAAGUGGUGAUUGACAUUGUUGUAAUUUAUAGCUGGACUACUUUUAUAGAGUUCUUAAAUGCUCCAGGAUAAGACUGCAUUCUCCCCCCCCUAGAAAUGUGUAUUCUUAAUCAGUUGUCAUUUAUUUCCUUUGAUUUAUUCAUGUGUCUGCAUGGUCCUGCUGUUUUAACACUAAUCAUGUAAAGAAGGGAAAUGUUGAUCUGCACAUGGAACUCAUGUAACAAUAAGCACAAAGCCAAUUUGGGAUAAUCUAUUUAAAGCGUAUGGCAGAUUGUAGAUGCCAAUGCGUGUGCUUCAUCUGAAUGUGAUUUCACAUAUCGUAGAUCUGCAGUAGUUAUAAAUAUUUUUUCUCCAUGCGUAGUCAUUGUUUAUCACUGGAUUUCUUUUUCACUAAGAUGUGACUCACUCCUGUGUUAUUGUUUUUAAAAACAGAAUGAUUGUAUCAUGGACAAUUAAAGGAAAUGACGCGUUCCCCAGAUUUCCUCAAGGCAGGAUGAUAUCUGCAGACUUUGCGCCUCAGAAUAACCCAAAGCAGGAGCAGAAUAACCCUCAACUCUACAUCAACACUAGGCUUAUGUUCCCGUGGCAGCAACGUCUUCUAAUCUCUAUUGAUCUCACUCAGCUCUUCCUGCCACUACAUCAUUGGCCUCUGCGCUUCACAGCUGCCUUCACCUCAAAAUUUCAUUGUGAUCUCAUCUGAAGACUAUUAUCUCACUCCCUUUGUCACAUUACCCCAGCACAUCUCCAUGGCGGUCUCCCAUCCUUUAGACACUACAGCCACAUUAGAGAUGAAUGCUUUUUUGUUUUUUUUCCCCUGCCUUUCUCGGUAAACUACCCCAUACACACCGCUUUGACCCGGGCAACACCCGUUUUAUGUGACGGUCAACAAUGACGCACACUCUUCGUCAGCGUCAGGCUUCAUCAUGUGUUCUUCAUUUUCCAAAGUUCCUUCCACUUCACAGGGGGAACUGUCACAGCACAUUUGCAGAAAACCGAUCUCCUUCAUGUUUCGCCACAGUGAUUAUCUUGUUUUAGCUUACUGGCACUAAAACAUAAUUGGGAUGUUCCACAUUUUCAAGUUUGUGUAGUAGCCCUUUGUAUUCGCUUUCUUCAGCAUUUAUAGCUGUGAUCACUGAAUCAAAAUUACUCUGCAUCUCUCUGUACCUACCAGCAUUUAAAACUGCUGCGGGCGAGUACACAAAUUAAAACUUGAAAAGAAAAUCCGAAAUGCACAAAUCUCCACUGCUCCUGUUUCCUCAGGCCUUUCUCUUCUAUCACUGCACCACUAUACAGCCCAGUGCUGCCGCUUGAUUGGCUCGUUUCCAAGAGGUCUGAUGAUUUAAACAAUUCUCUUGCCAAAAAAUAAAAGGCCAAUAUUUGAUCAUCAAAAAACGCUUUUGUUUCCGCACAAAUGGUUAGCCCUGAUAGUCAUGAAGUUAACAUGAGUAGACCGGUGAUUGUAGCUGGAAGGCAGGUCAGCAGUGUUCAAUUCUUCACAAUUUAACAAAUUAAGUAGAACUGUCAUUGAUAUUCUUCCUUGUGAGCUGAUGUUAAUGUCUUCACAGCUCCCAUGAUGUUCCUGUUUUCGCUUCAUGGUGCAAUAAUUUGUUUCAGUACAAUGACUGUCUGCUCAGUGCAAUUCUUGAUAGUGGAAAAAGACUAAUUACUGUAAGUUAGGAGCACUGUGGUGGUACUAGGGAGCCUUGCUAUGCAUUGACCUUGUUUAUCCCUGAAAUUGUAUGUACAUACAGUAUAUUUACAGUGUACUCGUAUCCAGUGUUAUUUAUUUUUAUAUGCACUGCAAAUGCUGUAGGUGUUUUUGUUUUUGCCACUGACGGUAUGCUUUAAAUUCAUGGUGCAUUAUUUUGUGUUUACUAAUUUUUAAUCUGUCUACUGUCACUAGUAAAACAUGCCAUAGAUGUUUUUCACUUUCAAACAACAGAGACCAUGUCAGUGUUAACAUGUAUGAAAUAUCCAAUCAACUGUCUGCCCCAAAAAGUAGGUACAGCUUUGAAUGAGAAAGCAUCCAGUUUGCAAUAUUUUCCUCGUUUUCGCUCAGUGACAGAUUUUUGUACGAUUUAAGAUUUUUUUUUUUUUUUAUGCAAUAGCCCUUGGUGGUGGGGGUCUAGGUUAUUAAAUAAAGUGAAAUGAAAACUCA